AUGUCAAAUCCAAUUGGAGCAACAGUAAUAGCACAAGCUCUUCAGCAGCUGGAUGUUAACAUUAUCUUUGGCCUCGUCGGCUUACCCGUCACAGAUAUCGCUGAGCAAGCAAUCGAUUUAGGAAUACGCUUCAUAGGCUUCCGAAACGAGCAAGCAGCGAGCUAUGCUGCAACGGCAUAUGGCUUUCUCACGGGCAAACCUGGUGUCUGCCUGCUAGUAGGAGGACCAGGUGUGAUCCAUGGCAUGGCUGGUAUCGCAAACGCUUCUGCAAAUGCUUGGCCAACACUCUUCGUGGGUGGAUCGAGUGAGACCAGUUUGUGGACGAAGGGUGGCUUUCAAGAGAUGGAUGCGAUCACUUUGCUGACGCCCCAUACCAAAAGAGCUAUCAGGCCACAUACAAAUACUGCUGAUGCAAUUACCUCCGCUAUACACGAUGCUUACAGGAUUUGUUGGUAUGGACGACCUGGCCCAACCUUUGUCGACCUGCCGACCGACUUCAUCAUGACUCCUGUCAAAUCUACCAAAAGUAUCUCAAGACCACCAGUAUCUGCAUUAUCGAAACCUAUAGCAAGUUUUGAAGUGGUUGCUGCAGCCACAAAACUGCUCAAAUCCGCUACAGCACCUCUUGUGAUUAUUGGAAAGGGUGCAGCUUAUGCUCAGGCCGAACAGCCUAUUCGAGCCUUAAUAAAUGGUUCCCAUCUGCCAUUUCUACCGACACCCAUGGGAAAAGGCGUGGUCCCAGAUUCUCAUCCUCUGAACACCUCAUCUGCGCGCUCUGUAGCUCUACGCGAGGCAGACGUGGUUCUCUUACUUGGAGCACGCCUAAACUGGAUCCUACACCAUGCAGCCGCGCCGAAGUAUAGGAAGGAUGUCAAGAUCAUACAAGUCGAUAUUUCACCAGAAGAGCUAGGAAGGAGUAAUAGUAUUGGCGAACCAGCGCUGAGCAUAUUCGGCGACAUUGGUCUAGUCGUGGAACAAUUGACCACUAGUCUUGCUGGUUGGAAAGCUUUUCCCAGCUCUUCAAUUCAUGCCUCAACCUCAAACUCGACUUUCGCCCAGAAACUCUCCAACAGUGCUUCCAAGAACGAGACAGCAGCUCACAAACUGGCAAGCUCGCCCACCCAACCUGGUAAACCCCUAACCUUCGAAAGAGCAUUCCACAUCAUCAAACAAACACUCCAUUCCAUCUCCGGCCCCGAGAACGGCGACGUAGUCUACAUAGGCGAAGGCUCCCAAACCAUGGACAUCUCCCGCUCCAUCUUCCCUCUCGAUCACCCACGCCAAAAACUCGACGCCGGUACCUACGCAACCAUGGGCGUUGGCCUCGCCUACUGCAUCGCCGCCUGGUCGGCCUACAAUCUCCCCCGCAAAACCAAGAAACUCGUCGCUCUCGAAGGAGACAGUGCUCUCGGCUUCGCAGCCAUGGAGAUCGAAACCAUGCACCGCCACGAGAUGGAUGUUCUGGUCUUCUGUAUGAACAAUUCGGGAAUCUACAGUGGCGACACGGCUGAUAAAGCCGGUUGGGAAGCGAAGCAGCAGCGUUUACUCAAUGGGAGUGGGUCGUCGAAAUCGCGUGAUAGAUUGAAGAGUUCGAGUCUGAUGCAUGAAGCGAGGUAUGAACAGCUUGCGACAAUGGUGGGAGGGAGAGGUAUCUUUGUGAGGACGGAGCAGGAGCUUGAGAGUGCGACUAGGGAAGGGUAUGCUGAGGGAAGAGUAACGGUGGUGAAUGUGAUUAUUGAGCCCGGAAAUGACAAAAACAUGAGUUUUGCUUGGAUGGACACGAAGGCGAAAUCUAAGAUGUGA